AUGGCUAUCUCCAUGUCUUCCAGAACAAUGAAUGUGUCCCACAAAGAAAAUACAAGCUCCACUGACCACUUUAUCCUCCUGGGCUUUCCCUCAAGCCCCAAAAUGCAGCUCCUCUACUUUGGGAUCUUCUCAGUAACCUACACCCUGACACUGAUGGGGAAUGCAGCCAUUACCUGGGCUGUGUGGGGAGACCGGCAUCUUCACACCCCCAUGUACAUCCUCUUAGGGAAUUUCUCUGUCCUGGAAAUAUGCUAUGUCACCACAACUGUCCCUAACAUGUUGGCCAACUUCCUCUCCACAACCAAGUCCAUCUCUUUUGUGAGCUGUUUUGCACAGUUCUACUUCUUCUUCACCUUCGGGUGUGAUGAGGGGUUCUACCUUUGCAUCAUGGCUUUUGACAGGUACCUUGCCAUCUGCCGCCCUCUGCAUUAUCCACGCCUCAUGACCAGACAGCUGUGCACUGGCCUCGUCAUCUUUGGAUGGUCAUGUGGCUUCAUCCUUUGCCUAAAUCCAGUUCUCCUCAUUUCACAUUUGCAUUUUUGUGGCCCAAACGUUAUCAACCAUUUUUUAUGUGAUCCUGUCCCAUUGUUGAUGCUGGCCUGUUCUGAGAACAACAUGACCCAGUUCACUUACUCUACAUUCAAUGCUGUCUUCAUGAUUGGGACUUUUCUCUUCAUCCUUUGUUCUUAUGCUCUGGUGAUUCUGGCUGUGCUGCAGAUGCCCUCAGCAGCAAGCAAACGCAAGGCCUUCUCCACUUGCGCUUCUCAUCUGGCUGUGGUAUCCCUGUUUUAUGGCUCUAUUAUGGUCAUGUAUGUUAAUCCUGUAUCAAGUCACCCAGUGGAAGCACAAAAACUUGUGACCUUAUUUUAUUCUGUGAUAACACCCCUUUGCAAUCCUCUGAUUUAUAGCCUGAGAAACAAGGAGAUCCAGAGUGCCUUACGGAAAGUCUUUGGAACUGAAAUACUGUUAAUAAAAUAUAAAUCAAAAACCAUGAUGAACAAAACUAUGUUAAUAAGACAUAAGUAA